AUGCUCCCAGCCCUGCGUUUAUCACGAUCUUGUCAUCGGCCGCUUUUUAUGCGUGCCUUUCAACGUUCUUAUGGCAGCAACAGCUCUGUAGACGCCGAAGAAGUGAAAAAGUUCAACGCCAUGUCUCAGCAAUGGUGGGAUCCCGAUGGCGAGUUUGGCAUGCUGCAGCUCAUGAACCCUGUUCGUGUACGUUACAUACGUGACCAGCUUCCUCAGAACGACAACGAGACGCAUCCAUUCAAGGGCCUUCGAAUGCUUGAUAUCGGUUGUGGCGGUGGUUUGUUGUCAGAGUCUCUUGCACGUUUGGGUGGCCAAGUCGUAGGCGCUGAUGCUUCUUUUGAUAAUAUCCAAAUGGCCAAACUUCAUUCACGUAAAGAUCCUCGAUUAUGGCGUGGCCCUGGUAGUGUUGAGUAUCGACAUACACUUGCAGAGGAUUUACUUGAAGCCAAGGAAUCAUUUGACGUUGUAUCGGCCAUGGAGAUCAUUGAACACGUAUCAAAUCCACUCGCAUUUCUGCAAACUUGUGGCGACCUUGUACGACCUGGAGGUUCCUUGUUUUUAUCCACUAUGUCACGCACCUUGCAUUCGUACCUGUUGACGGUCUUGCUGGCUGAGGACAUCUUGGGAAUUGUGCACAAAGGAACGCAUGACUGGACAAAGUAUAUCAAUAGCAAGGAAUUGAUUGCAGCCGUGGAUUCGAUCAAGGGAGGGUGGACAGUGCAGGACGUUCGUGGUAUCUUUUGGGAUCCUCUCAAGCGGAAAUGGUGGUUGUCAGAGAAGAAUGGUCAUAUCGCACCCUGUGGAAUAGAAGCUUUAGAAGUCAAUUAUCUUUUGACAGCCAAAAGGAAUGAAGAUUAG